UCCUCUUUGGCGCGGGAGCUGGGCCUGGCGUUUAGCAGUGCCUGCCACUGCGGUUUCUGAGCUCGCGCUGGUAGCCUGUAGCGUUCUGGGGUACCCGGUAGCGGGUUUUUCCACGGGGCGUUCUGCUUGAGACCGAGUCGGUGGUUGCGCCACGGGCUCCCGAGCCGCGAGGCCUGGCUGCCGCUGGAAAGACUGAGAGACCCGGCUGGACGGGCCCGCCCCGAGCUCCCAGGGCCCAGCUUCGCAGGCUCCCACCCGGCCUCUGAGGGGAGAGACCGGAGAAAGAGUCCAGCCCGGGAGCAGUCAGAGCAGGCCUGCAGAGCGCGGCUGAGGCUCAGAGAACUGCUGGGAGGCGGUGGCGCGAGGUGGGACCCAAAUGCUGGAGGAAGGAGAGCCGCCUUCUCCAGACACUGCCCUUCCCCAAGACGAAAGCACAGGAGAUGAAGGAAUGGCGGCUGGCCUCCUCACAGUGGGGGCUCACGGGUCCCCGCCCUUCAGCAACGUGACUGUAGCUUUUACCCAGGAUGGGUGGAAGCACUUGAUCCCUGCUCCAAGGGGAACUCCAAAGUUCAUGGAGGGGAUACCAGAAAAUGCCAGGAAUCUGGUCCUGCUAGGACUUCCAGUUUCCCAGCCCGACAUGAACUCCCAGUUGGAACAAAGGGAAGAAGGCCCAUGGAUGCUGGAGGGAGGAGGCCUGAGGAGUACCUGUCCCGACUGGAAGAUUAUGUCUGACUCGCCACCCGAGCAUGGCAUUUCUGAGGAUUCACUCCAGGACACAAGUGUAGCGCUGCCCCCUGGGGAGUCCGAGCACAGGAGCCGCUUCAACCUGAGACCAGUCCUUUCUCCACAACAGAGAGUUCCUCCAGAAGUGAGAGCCCAGAAGUGGGAAACACACACACAGAGCUUCAGAAAGAAUUCCCCUGUAAUUAAGCCCCACAGAGCAAAACCAUACACAUGUAGCGAGUGUGGCAAAGCCUUCAGUUACUGUUCUUCCCUUUCUCAGCACCAGAAGAGUCACACUGGGGAGAAACCCUACGAGUGCAAUGAAUGUGGGAAGGCUUUCAGCCAGAGCUCGUCUCUAAUUCAGCACCAGAGGAUUCACACCGGAGAGAAACCCUACAAAUGCAGCGAAUGCGGACGAGCCUUCAGCCAAAAUGCAAACCUCACCAAACACCAGCGAACUCACACCGGAGAAAAGCCCUACAAAUGCAGCAAGUGUGAGAAAGCCUUCAGUGACUGUUCAGCCCUUGUUCAGCAUCAGAGAAUUCACACCGGAGAGAAGCCCUAUGAGUGCAGCGACUGCGGGAAGGCCUUCCGGCACAGUGCAAACCUCACAAACCACCAGAGGACCCACACGGGGGAGAAGCCGUACAAGUGCAGCGAGUGUGGCAAGGCCUUCAGUUACUGUGCCGCCUUCAUUCAGCAUCAGAGAAUCCACACCGGGGAGAAACCCUACAAGUGCGGCGCGUGUGGCAAGGCCUUCAGCCAGAGUGCGAACCUCACAAACCACCAGAGGACCCACACGGGAGAGAAACCCUACAAGUGCAGCGAGUGUGGGAAGGCCUUCAGCCAAAGCACCAAUCUCAUCAUCCACCGGAAGACCCACACUGGGGAGAAGCCAUAUAAAUGUAACGAGUGUGGGAAAUUUUUCAGUGAGAGCUCAGCCCUUAUUCGGCAUCAUAUAAUUCACACGGGGGAAAAACCCUACGAGUGCAAUGAGUGUGGGAAAGCGUUUAACCAGAGCUCAUCCCUUAGUCAGCAUCAGAGGAUUCACACUGGUGUGAAGCCCUAUGAAUGUAGGGAGUGUGGGAAGGCCUUCCGGUGCAGCUCUGCUUUUAUUAGACACCAGAGACUCCAUGCUGGAGAGUAACCGGAGAUAGGACCAAAGUGGCUGGGGACCUGGCAGGAAAUGCAGGUAGUUUGAAAACACCUGGAGACCUCAGACUUUUACAGUCUGGCUCAGAGCCACGUGCAAAAGCACCUUGAAUAAAUAGUCCUGAUUUUACAUAUGCAGGUGGAAGGUCUCAGGAGCUCUCUUCUUUCUCAACCCUUCAGGAAGCAGCAACAACCCAACUCAAAUUAUACUGGCAAUUUACCUUUAUUCAGUGAGGCAAACUUUUUUGUAUAGCAAGCACUGCAGAAACCUUGGUUUGUAAGGAGUCAGUGAUCAAGAAGUGAAGGACUUGGUUCCUUCUGGAGGCCAGGUAUUUUGGUGAUGGUUCUUGAAUGAGGGCUUUUUAAAGAACCAACACUGGACAGGAAUGAACAGUUUCUCCAGAAUAGGGCCAAAGAGGAUUUGGGGGGAGUGAUUCAAGUGAAGAUUCUACAUGCUACUAUCUCAUCGGGUGGGGGAGGGAUAUCCACUCUUUAAAGCUCUCUAUAGGAAAAUCUAGACACUGCUAGGCCCAGUCUCUACAUGAGAUGUUCAGAGGAAAUACCCAGAACAGGGUGAGGGUGUCCGGAGGAAGCCAGUGAAAUGCUUCAGCAAGGUAUACCGCACCCUCUUUGGAGCCCCAGGACGACCUGAUGCCUAUCCUCUUUCCCUUGUUCACAGGCCAAUGGGUCCUUCACUUCUCUUCCUAGAGUGGAGGUUUCCUUUAAAGCAAGAUUUUCAUUGUUGGCCUUUCUCCCUUGCCACGUCCUAGGACUUGUCUGACAUACCAGCCUCUCACCCAGCCGGCAUGACCUCCUCUCCACAAUAAAUCCUUGUGGUUUGGGGUUAGGUAACCAUUUGACUUCAGAGUCAGAUUCAACUAUCACCCCCCAAGGCCUCUAGCUUUGGUUUCUCAGUCACUUGGCACAGGUCCUGGAAGGCUUAUCCUUCCCUCAUUCACCAGUGUUCUAGGGUAAUCCCUCCCACCACAGUUCUCCAACCCUGCCUGUGGGGGAGGGAGGAUUAAAACCCACCUGCUUUAAAGGCCUAGUGACAAAAUUAUGUGGGCAGUACGAACAAUGCCAAAGACAUUAAGUUCUUGGGUUAAUUAUUCCUAACCCCCCCCAUUAGGCUGGUAGCCAGAAGCCCCUCUAAGAUACUCAGGUGUCACUCACCCCAGUACCCAGGUAUCUUGGUUCAUCCUUCCAUCCACCACACACUUAAAAGUAGAAAGGAGUGUCAUGAGCUCAGUCAAAAGGAACAGAACUAAUUGAAGAGAGACUCAGGAAAAGCAAAAACAUGCCAUUAGAAAAUAACCCUUAAGAACUCAAGAUAAAGGUCAGGUUCCUUUGUUUCCCAUCAGUGCUUCUGAAGCACGGCUGUAUACUGAACGGACAGUGAAGGCUCGUGUGCACGAAGGGCCAUGGGCCCCUAGCCCACUCGAGACUUUGACUGGGAUAGAGAUUCCUUGCCAUGUAUUCAUGUUGAGGUACAAGUUUUCUUUUGGGGGAAGAAUUUUAUUCUUAUGAAGAGUUCUAUGCAUAUACAUGGCCUACAAAAAACCCGAGACUUCCUUUCUAGGUGUCUUCUCUAAGCUAGUCCCAUACAGGGCAGCAAUCUGUCACCCAGAAGGAGCUCAUUACCCAGAUAGCUGCUAUUUCCAAAGGUUCUGCCACCCUGGCCCCACGGGCCCACCAUCCGACCACAAUGGAGCUAGUUCCCCCAAAGAAGAGGCUGCAUCAAAAGGUCCACUGGCUGUCAAAUGAUCCUUUAUUGAAAUAUUUUCCUUUGUAGUUAACUCUGUGGGAAAGAAAAAAGAAAUGUGUCAAUAGGACAAAAAAAAUCCACACCCACUACUGACCAUUUCUAGAACUGUUCCAUCCUGUCUCCAUGAAUACUUUAUCCUUCCUCCCGCUCUUGUCCUGCUUUAGGCAAGUGAAACAGAAGUCACUUACAGCUGGGCAUUCCACUGCACCACUGUUGAUGUCAUCUAUGAUGUCAUGAGGGUGGCGGCCAUCAACAUUGCAGCCCACAGACUGGGCUGUCCCCAGGAUCUCUUUAAUGGUUCCUAAAUUAAGAAAAUAGCAUCAGAGGAGCUCCAGUCCCUCACAAUCAGAUAAUCACAUGAAAAAUACUUGGGAGUUUCACAGCAGGGAAGGAGGAACUAAUCCUAUUUUAUGGAGUGACAUUCCUGCUCCUCCAAUCCAAUCCAAGAUUCAGAAAUCCAUUUAGUUACAUAAGGUCUAAAUGCAAAGUCUCCAUAGGUCGCUUGAUAACCAGAUUUAAACACAUCCAGCCCCAUUCACUGAUGUCAAGCCAUUCUGCACCCCAACUGUGGGUCUUACAAUAACGUCCCUUCAAACUGGGAAAUGCUACCACAGUGAAUACACCCCAUAUAACAAGCCAGGUGGUUCCAUGUUGUCCACUUACCAGAGAGUUCUCUGGCUAAAGAUCGGUGUCGCAUCUGUCGGGCAAUAUUGACAAUCUCAUCAAAAGUGAUAUUUCCACUGUGCUUAACUGCAGAAAAGAAAAACAGCAUAAGCUUGGUCACAACCCAAGGCCAGAGCAGACCACAUCAUGCGCUCCCUCAUCUUUAUUCCAGGCUGUUCCCAUGCUUUCGGCACAGAGUCAUCCACAUGAAGAACAACCCUGUUUCCUAAGCUGGGGUUUACUAUCAGCUCACCACUGGAUUGCACCAGCCGACAGAAACUGACCGGGUGCAGUGGCGGGUGGCUGGAGCAAAAUCAAGUCUUUGCCAGUAUUAUACAGAGGAGACGGUUUUAAACAUGAAAAAAAGGCACGUUUAGGUCACUGGGGUUAAGCUGUUCAGAGCAUUCACCAGCUCACAAGUGGUCUGAUUACUGUUGUCAUUAUCACGUACUUCACCCUACUGUUUGCCUCCUGCAUGCGCCAACCCCGUGCUGGGGACUGGGAAGAGCCACAUGACACUUCCCGGUGGUGCCUGGCUCUCUUAACAGGUUAUCAAAUCCCUCUGCAUGACCCCAGGUGUCAUUAAAGGGAACACAUGCCGCUAAGUUAUCACACUCAGUAGACACCACCACUCACAAAUUACCAGGAAAAAGGCCACUCACUGUUUUUCUGCUUCUUUCUGUCUCUUGGUGGUUCCUUGAGGGCUUUGAUAAUCAGGGCAGAGGCAGAGGGUACCACUUCAAUCUGCAAAACAGAGUCUCCAUGUGAAUAAGCCCUACGCCACCCUCCAAUGACUGUCAAUCCUGCCAUGCACCCUGGCUCUCAAAAUACACGGGCCAGACUGGGUUUGCUGUACAUUCUUGAUAUUUUCACCAUCUGAAACAUGUCCUAGCCUGAGAGACACCAAGUGAUUCCCCAAUGUCACACAAGUGACGAGAGUUAAUAUUAGGCCCACAUCUUUGCUUUCUUGAUCCACACUCUCAAAAAAGCCUUCCCCACAUUUAGAAUUGCCCUCAGCUCACCACUGGUGGCAGGCGGCAAAAACCUCCCCCUCAAACCAAGUACCUGGGCCUGUCUGUUCUGAAUGGUCAGUUUCACAGUAAUCCUUAGACCCUUCCAAUCACCGGUUGCCUUGGCGAUGUCAUCACCAACCUUUUUUGGAGACUAGAGAAAGAAAGGUGUAUCAUCACACUGUGCUCUAAGUUUAAGUGCAGUCUGAAAACCCAUCCCUCCCCCUUGGCCAACACCCCAAGCCAGCACACAGGGUACUGUUUGAAGCACGUUAGCUGCACCUACCAAAUUAAGGCAUGGCUAUCACAGGGGCAGACACUGGAGAGAUGAGGCUAGAGGUGAAGUUUGUUUGGGGCUGCAGCCCCAGGGUCAUAACAUGGCAAAGUUCCUUACCUACCUACCUACGCUCCCAUAAGGACCCAUGCGAUAAUGUACGUAUUUCCAAGGCUUGUUACAUUCAAAUCACCUAGAGAGUUUUAAAGACACCAGGUUUCUCCAAGGACGGGAACUGGGCAUUUACUACUUAGACUUCCUAAUGACCACCAGCCUAAACAGGAAAGAUGUUCAGGGGUGCCAGCUAAAUGGUGAGCCAAGGAAACGUGCCACACCGGUUAAACAAGACCAUGUGGGAACAAUGUUUGGUUCAGGAGACCAGUGGCCGAGGAAUAAAAGCCUAAUGAUAGUCAGUGAAAUGCAAGCUCAGUAAAAGCAUAAAACGGAGAAGUGGGUAAACGGGGAUCAUCAGUGAAGCUCGUCAUGUUAACGCGGUAUACAAGCUACUAUGUAAGUUCACCAGGAUCUUAACCACACCCCAUUUAAUCUUCUCCACCGAUACUUAACCCUACCAAUGAUAAGCCCAUUUCCCUGACUAGAAAACACAGGCUGCCCAGUGUCACUAAGCUACUCUUCCAAACCUUCCUGCAAGACCUCUGGCCCACCCCUCAGGUAGGUCACAGUUAAGAUCUUGACCCUGGGGAGAGAAGCAGCACCCUGCAAUCUAAUCUAGUACAUGACCUUACCACGGAAGCACUUCCACUUCAGAGGCUCAGAGGUGUAGUAGGGGUUUGCCUCAGAUCCUCGCAAGCGAGGAAGGCACCUCAGAUCCGGGCUCGUCUGCACAAGCCAGGGCUGAACUGCUUUCCUUCUACAAGCUGAGAAACCGCCCUCCACGAGGAUGACUUACCAGACCCAGCGGGCCGAUCUUCGGGGCCAGGGCAGACGUGGCACCGACCUCGCCACCGGUGCACCUCAGGUACACUGGGAGAAAGAAAACAUCAGUGUCGCUGCAGAGGGAGCCCCAGCGCUACAGCCUUCUCUCCGAAUCUUUCUGGGGCUGGCCACACCACUUGUCAAUUUCGUAACAGCACCAAGAGCCUCAGCAGGGAGUCAAGCGGGCGAGCCGCCUCCUCCCUGGCGUGGACCGCUCCGGGCGCCACGUGGGGCAGCGGUCUUCGGCUGACCUACGGCUACCGAGGCCUGCACCGGGCCGGCGUGGAGGCAGCCCGGCCGCCGGCCAACCCAGUGGAGGGGGGAAGCGCCCGGGCACGAACCUUACCCUAAGGCGUGCGGGCUGCAAAGCCACCACGGGUCGUCCGAUCCUCCCUCCCCAUUUACACGUGGGGAAGCUGAGGCCCAGAAUGAGUCCGAGACUCGGCCAGGACCUCACAGCGCCCUGAUCGCAGCGCUGGAAAGGCCUCUAGCAGGCAGCAGCUUAAAAGCCCGGCGUGGGAAAGGCAACGGCGGCUGGGCCGGAGGCCCGACGGGCUGCGAGGAGAAGAGAUGCUCCAUCUCGCAGCCCCAGCCACAUCUAAAGCACGCACCGACUUUGAUCUCGUUGGGGUCGAACUUAGGCGGCAUGGCGGAGGUGGCUGGUGUCGGAUGAACCCGGAUUCGGGACGACCGAAGACAGUUGCACCCUUGCCUCCUCCGAGCCGAAAGCCAAAA